CAAAUCUAUAUAAUAAAAGAUUUCGAGGAGAUCAAACCUCAUUUUCGAAACCAUAUUGAGACAAUUUGAUCAAAUUUACAAAAAAAUAUGAGUGCCAUUGUUUAUCUUGAUACUAUAUUAAUCCCUCUAAGUCUCUUUCUAAUGGUGAGUUACCAUGUCUAUCUAUGGCAUUCUUUCAAGAAUAAACCGUCUCAAACCACCAUCGGAAUUGACUCUUUACGGAGGAAAGGUUGGUUUCUUGCCAUUAAAGAGAGUGAUGACAAGAAAAGUAUGAUAGCAGUACAAAGCUUGAGAAACACGCAAAUGGCAACAAUAUUUAUAGCCACCAUAGCAAUUCUUGUAAACUUAUCAUUAGCAGCUUUAACCAACAACGCUUAUAAAGCUAGCCAUCUCUUGAUGAACGGUGCAGUUUUCGGGUCACAGUCCGGGAGAAUUUCAGUUCUGAAAUUAGGGUUAUCAUCAUUCUUUCUUCUGGCUAGCUUCUUAUUUAGUUCUAUGGGUCUUGGAUUCUUGAUAGAUUCAAAUUUCUUGAUCAAUGUAGAUUCCGCGAGCUCGCCGUCGACGGGAUAUGUAGAAACGGUAUUUGAAAGAGGUUUUUUGUUGGGUUUAAUAGGGAAUAGAGUUCUGUGUAUUUCAUUUCCUUUGGUUUUAUGGCUACUUGGUCCGGUGCCGGUUGCGUUGUCAUCUGUUGCACUUGUUUGGGGGUUGUAUGAGUUUGAUUUUCAUGGCAAUAAGUUUGUGAGUAGCACCAACAAUAUGCCUAUUCUAACAUGAAAAUUUAUGUCAUUUAGUUGAUUCUGUAACCGCAAUAACGAAAGGUUGCUUUAGUCAACCUUACGAGGCAAUGUAUUUCCGGCGACUUUAGCUCGUCUGUCAAAUAUAUCAUAAUAUUUAAAUUUUA